AAGGGUGAAAUUCAAGAAUUAAAACAAUUGUUAUCCGAUCCAACAAUCGAUAACGACCAAACCAAGAAGAGAGAAGUAUUACAACGUGUGAUUGGAUUUACUACUAUGGGUUUGGAUACAAGUAAAUUGUUUGAUAGAAUGAUCAUGGGUGUUAACACAAAGGAUAUUGUUCAAAAGAAAAUGAUUUAUCAAUAUAUUACUCACUAUGCUAGACAAAACGUUGAUUUGGCAAUUUUAGUUAUUAACACUUUAGCAAGAGAUUGUAGAGAUGAAAGUCCUAUUGUUCGUGGAUUGGCUCUUCGUUCAUUGAGCAGUUUGAGAAUUUCUAAACUCACUGAACACUUGGUUCCUCUUAUCAAGGAAGGAUUAAACGAUCCAAGUCCGUAUGUUAGACGUUCUGCUGUUGUUAGCGUUUCUAAAUUAUACAAACUUGCUUCAAAUAUUGUUAAAGCUGAAAAGUUUGAUGAUAGAUUAUAUGAUAUGAUUCAGGAUAAGGAUUGUCAAGUUAUUGUUAACGCUAUUCGUUCCUUAAAUGAAAUUGAAGAAAGUGGAGUUAAUGUUACUAAAAAGAUGGUUUAUCACCUUCUUAACAAGUUAGCUGAAUAUACCGAAUGGCAAUUAACUGAAGUUGUUACAUUAUUAUUAAAAUAUAAGCCAGAAACUAAUGAUGAAAUUUUCGAUAUCAUGAAUUUAUUGGAUGAUAAAUUGGAAAUUUCAAAUGCUUCAGUUGUAAUGUCCAUCACUAACUUAUUCUUACAUUACACACAAAAUAUGCCAAAGAAUCACACCAGAGUUUUUGGAAGAUUGAGAGACCCAGUUUUGUUACUUUUUGCUACUUCAAGUCCUGAACUUGCCUAUACAAUUUUGCAACAUUUAAAGUUUAUGAUUUCUAGAUGUCCACAAGUUUUCCAACCAUUCUUUAAAGAUUUUUAUAUUAAGUAUAACGAUCCAACUUACUUGAAGGAAUUAAAGUUAGAAGUAUUGACUCUUUUGGCUAAUGAAAAGAAUGUCCAAGAAAUAAUGAGUGAAUUAAGUUACUAUGUUUCUUUGGGAGAUAUUUCUGUUUCAACAUCUAGAAAGGCCAUUAAAUCAUUGGGUGAAAUUGCUGUUAGAGUUUCAUUUGCUACAGAAGAUUCUUUGACUCACUUGAUUGACUUUUUAGAUUCUGGAGUUCUUCAUAUUAUUAGUGAAACUAUGAUUGUUUUGAAAGAUAUUUUGAGAAAGUACAAUGAUCUUGAAUUUUGUAAAGUAUACCUUCCAUCAAUUACCAAACAUUGGUCCACCCUUCAAGAUCCAGAAGCCAUUUCUUCAUUUGUUUGGAUUUUGGGAGAAUAUGGUAGAGCUGAUAUUAUUCAAGCUGCUCCAUACAUUUUAGAAAACUUUAUUGAUUCAUUUUUGACUUAUCACUAUAGUGUUAGAAAUCAAAUUUUAACUAGUUCAAUGAAAUUGUUCUUCCUUAGAGCACCUGAAAUGUCAGCCAUGUUGGGAAGACUUUUUGAAGUUGCUGUAAAUGAUACUUCGCACGCUGAUGUUCACGAUCGUGCAUUGUUCUAUUAUAGAUUAAUCUCUGCUAACGUUGAUUUGGCUAAGAGUGUAGUUUUGACAAAGAAGGAUGUUGUCACAAAGUUCUCAGAAGAAGAGUCAGUAGAAUUCCGUGAUCGUUUAUUCUCUGAAUUCAAUACUCUUUCAAUCAUUUAUGGCAAACCAAGCGAAAGAUUUAUUGUAAAGGAUGUUGAAGUUCUUGGGCAAGCUAUUGAUGAUGGAAGUGAUGAUGAAGAAGAAGUUGAAGAACAAGCUGAGGAAGAAGAGGCUGAAGAGGAAGAAGAAGAGGAAAGCAAGCAAGCUUAUGAAGAAAGACUUUUGGAAGAUAUGGAUUAUGAUGAAACUAAUAAUGUUGCCAUUGUUGUUCCACAAGCUUUAACACCUCAAGAAUAUCAACAAAAAUGGAAAUCUGAAUCAUUUGUAGCUUCCACACAUUCAUGUAGAUUUAGCCUUAACGAUAGACCAAGUCAUGCUGAAAUUGAAGAAAAGUUGAGAGAAAACAGUGUACUGACUAUGGCCAGUAAUAUCAGAAACGAACCUCAUAUGUUUUAUUUCUACACACAAACAGCCGAGACUCAUUAUAUUUUAAUUGAAGCCAAGAUUUUCCAACAAGGAGAAACAAUUUGUACACUUAGAUCGAGUGAUCCAUCAAAAUUACAUCAAUUU